AUAACGGAACGCGAUCGGAACGCGGGCAUCGCGGACAAUAUCAAGCGGCGAUACGACACCGUUCUUGCUAAUCACGAUGAUCGGUCGUGGCCGUCAACGGCAGCAAACGGUAUUUGGCAACAGUUACCACACAACAUGGACUGCGCGCGAGUACCACGUGGAGUGAAACGGUUUGCCCGCUGGUCUUGCGCUUCUGGGCUGCGGACAGGAAAAUUUCGGGUCCGCGUUUGCUGCAUCGUGACCGUCUUGGCCCUGCUCUCCGUGUCCUAUGUUAUCUUACAUUUACUUGUAACGCAUACGUCCAGAAAAGGCUGCCAGAAUUGCUACGAAGUGAUAGAUGUAGUGUACACAUGGGUGAACGGAAGUGAUCCACAAUUUCUCGACCAACUCGCCCGUUUCUCAGCGACGCACGAUAAAGCACGGUACGAUGAUAAGAACGAACUGCGCUAUUCGCUUCGUUCGCUGGAAAAGUAUGCCCCGUGGGUGCGCAACGUGUACGUUGUGACGAACGGGCAGAUUCCUGGUUGGCUCAACCUGGAGAACCCCCGUGUGCGGCUCGUAACGCAUGCCGACAUCGCUGACGAGGAGACGCUGCUGCCAACGUUUUCGAGUGCUAGUAUUGAGUCGUUCAUCCACCGGAUACCGGGACUGUCGAGUCAGUUCCUCUAUCUGAACGAUGACAUUUUCCUCGGAGCACCCCUUUACCCGGACGAUCUGCAGACGCUGGCCGACGGCGUAAAGGUUUUUACCGCCUGGAUCGUACCGGACUGUGCGCCUGACUGUCCAUGGAUGUUCGUCGGCGAUGGUUCCUGCGACCACGACUGUUACUUGGAGGCGUGCCAAUUCGACGGCGGAGACUGUGAUCACCCCGAUUAUGAAGGUGCCGCCGGUCAGCAUCAUCAUAUGCACGACGAGACGAACUAUAGUGAUGUGUCCGCACCGGAACCGAUCGAACCGCAGGAAGACGAUCAACAGGACGCAGAUGAAGACAUGAUGUUUAUCGAUGUGCCGAAGAUGUUUCCGAAGAUUGGUGGCGGUGCCAAUGGAAGAUCGGAAAAUAUACGCUACAUUUACGAAGUUUUCCGGAAGCGAGGCAACGGGACCGCUUCUUCCACCCGGCAGCUUGUCGAGCGGUUCAAUCGGGAAAAGAUGAAAAGCUCCAAACUGCUCAACGCGAAGAGCCGCUCACGGAAGCGCCAGCGAAUACCGGUAGUUCGGGGGGCCUCAAACGGAACGGAAAGUCACGAUGCGCGGUUCGCAAACUCAGUACCGGUUCCGGACAACGUGAGCAUCAACUCACAGGAUAUCUUCGCGCACUCGCUCAUACACACCAAUCGGGUGUUUAAUCGGGCCUACGGGUUUCACAACCGUAAGGUUCUGGCUCACGUUGGCUUUCUGCUCGAUAUCAACAUCAUCGGCCGGAUGAUGGAACGGUUUCGGGACGAGUUCCGCAUCACCAAGCAACACCGGUUCCGUGCCGAAACUGAUAUGCAGUACGCCUUCAGCUACUACCACUUUCUAAUGAGCGAAUCAAGAAACAAAACGGUGGGCGAGAUAUUCGAUGAUUUCGAUACCGAUUCUUCUGGAACUUGGUCCGAUCGUGAAAUUCGCACACUACUGGCGAAGGUCUACAAUCUGCCCCUCGACUGGUCAGCCGUCCGUUUUUUCGAAGAAGUUGUCACAAACUGUUCACUGCAGCAGAAUAACUUUCUUCCCAUCGAGCACCAGCAGGAGCAGCACAAGGUUUACCCGACGUUGGUGUACGAGCGAUACGAGGAUUCAACGAUCCCUACCGUCACUCGGUCGUUGGUGAUGGCUUGCCGGGAGCUGGCCGACAUGAUGCGAGCCAACUUUGGCAAGGUGCCACGGUACCGCUUCCAUGUCAGCCCCAAAACGGGUAUCUACAGCAACUUCAAAAUGCUCACCUCCAACAUCACACAGGUUGUUGAUGCGCUCGAUGAGCUGCGCAAGUCACCAAAAAAAUUUAACUGCAUCAACGACAACUUGAGCGACGGACGGCCGGAAGACAACCAGCUCGUUGCAGCUCUUCUGGAGGACUUCUACCUGAGUCUGUUUCCUGCCCGCAGCAGUUUCGAGCUGGAGAGUGUUUACCGGAAUCGGUUCCAGUACUACGACGACUACCGGUCGUGGCUGCGACGAAAGGUUCUGUUCCGGAAUGCAGUCUAUCUCGUGUGCGGUGUAGUGUUUCUCGUGUGUGUCCGCAUGCUUUGCUUUCGGCACAAGGGAAAGUUUGCCCGUACAUUGUUGCUCCUCGGGACGACAAGAUCGAACGAUUAUACCAAUAUUUCGUAACGAAGUAAGGCACAACAAAAAAUGCUCAAACGGUGAACACUCACUGACUUUUAUUUAACCGUCAAAAACAAGCGGAAAGGCCAAAAAACUGUA